CUCUUCCUCCAUACCAGAAAAAAACAACAAUGGCAAGAGCUCUCUCUCACUUCAAUGGCAAACCAAUUCUUUCUCUCUCUAAACCAAAUCCUUACCAUCCAUCACCACCACCAUCAUCAUCAUCAUCGGUUCACAAGCCCACGACGGUCGCCAUGGCCCAAACCAAAUCUUACUGGGCCUCCAUAGAAGCCGACAUCGAGGCCCAUCUCAAGACGGCCAUCCCAGUCCGGCAACCUGUCGCGGUCUUCGAGCCCAUGCGCCACCUGGUCUUCGCCGCGCCGAAAGCCAAGGCGCCGGCUUUGUGCGUGGCGGCGUGCGAGCUCGUCGGCGGCGACCGGGCUCAGGCCGUGGUCGCCGCCUCCGCUUUGCGCCUCGUGCAUUCGGCGGCCCACGCCCACGAGCACCUUCCGUUGAUGGACAGGCCCAAUCACAAGCCCGGGAUCCAUCACGCUUACGGCCCAAAUAUCGAGCUCCUCACCGGUGAUGGGAUUGUGCCAUUUGGGUUUGAGUUACUGGCCCGAUCCGUCGGGUCGGUUCAGAACAACUCGGAUCGGGUUUUACGGGUGAUUAUUGAGAUUACACGUGCCAUAGGUUCGCAGGGGAUGAUCGACGGCCAAUAUCACGAGUCACAACAAGGCGCUCGAUCCAACGAGGAGUGGAUCGAACAUGUGUGCAUGAAGAAAGAAGGUGAGUUGCACGCGUGCGGGGCCGCGUGUGGGGCCAUAUUGGGAGGGGGAAGUGAGGAGGAGAUAGAAAAGUUGAGAAAAUUUGGACUUUAUGUGGGAAUGAUAGAGGGGAUGUUGAAUUGGGUGGUAGGACAUGAGGAGGAGGGAUUGAUGGAUGUAGUGGAGAGAUUGAGAGUGAUGGCUAUCAAGGAAUUGGAGAAUUUAAGUGGUAGGAAUGUUGAGCCAAUUUCUAGCCUUGUUGAGGUUGCUAGCCUUUGCAAUCUAUAGAAUUUCAGGUUAUGAUGGAUGUGUAACUUGAGAGAAAACAAUAAUGCUAUUACUACAAAUACUAACACACGCGAUCGCACAAACUUAGUCACUAUAAUCGCACAAACUCAUUCUUUCUAGCCUUCACUACAAUCGUACAAAUUCGCUAUUUCUAGUCUUGUGAGUGAGUUUGUGCGAUUUGUGUGUGUUAGUGUUGAUGGUUAUAGAAUUGGGGGAGAGGGAAAGGAGGGAAAAAAUGGGGCAUUUGGAUG